AUGUUUGGAACUACCCGAAUCUCCACCACCCGGAAGUACCCGGAAGUGAAGAUGCCAGAGGACGUCCUCGAAGUAUCUGGCCUCGCAGAGCUCGAAGGCGUCGAUGGCUUCGCGGACGACGAUGAAGACGCGGCUGAGUCCGGCCUCUGCGCUGGCCAGUUGGUGCUCUGCCGUUGGUCGGACGGACUCUAUUACGUGGGCAAGAUCCUGAGGCUCAGCCUGCCAAGACGCAGUUGCUUUGUCGCCUUUGAGGACAACUCCAAAUUUUGGGUGCUGUGGAAGGACGUACAACACGCCGUCGUGCCGGGGAAGGAGCCUCAUUGUUCGGCGUGUGACGAGACUGGGCUGAGCACCGACCAAAUUCUUGUUUGUGGAAAGUGUGGCAUAGCUUUCCACCAGCAAUGUCACAUUCCUCCCGUAGAGGGUAGUGGUGACACGAGUCCCUGGUUCUGUCGGCGUUGCGUCUUCGCUUUGGCUGUUAGGAAAGGUGGCGCUCUCAAGAAAGGUCCCCUGGCCAAAGCUCUGUUAGCCAUGAAGCGGGUUCUCUCCUACAACCCGGACGCUCUCCAAUGGGACACGCGGCAUCGCACCAACCGGCAGCAAGCGUACUGCUACUGUGGAGGUCCCGGAGAGUGGUACCUGAAGAUGCUCCAAUGUUUCCAGUGCGGCCAGUGGUUCCACGAGGCGUGCACGCAGUGUCUUCAGGAGAGCAUGAUGUUUGGAGACAGGUUCUACUUGUUCACGUGCUGUGUGUGCACCCAAGGACCGGAGCACGUGCGCCGUUUGUCUCUGCGCUGGGUGGACCUGGUGCACCUGGUUCUCUACAACUUGUCGCUGAACAACAAGAAGAAGUACUUUGAACUGGACGAAAUUCUGGAUUUCGUCAGCACGCGCUGGGAACAUCUGCAGCUGGGAAAGUUGUCCAACACUCCUCCGGCAGACAGGGAGCGCAACCUGCUGGAUGCCCUCAACAAGUACAAAAGCAAGUUCCUGUGCGGGAAGGAGAUGAAAAAGAGGAAGUGCAUCUUCCGUCUGCGCACGCGCGUUCCUCCCACGCCGCCAUCCAAACUUUACCCCCAGCGCGGUCACAGCGAGGCCUGGCGGAGCUUCAAAAAGGACGUUGGCUGUCUCAGCGCUUCGUCAGACAAGAGGAAGAGGAAGUCCAAGUGGCUGUUUGAAGAUGCCAUCCCCAAUCGCACAUGUUUGGCUACCAUCUUUGACUUGACAAUGGAGCAACUGGGCAAGCUGACACCGACGUCGUGGCGCUGCAGACUGAUGGCCAGCGCAGACAUGGACCCCGUGGACGUAUCCCCCGCCGGCGACGAUCAUCGAGCCAGGCGAACGGUCGGCAGCCGCAAGAGGAAGUCGCCGAGCUCCGUGGUGGGGGAGGAGGAGCCGUCCGCCGGCGCCCAUUCCCGCUUUCAGAUCGGCAGCCGGCGUUAUCGUGUGCUGGCGCGCCGCGUGACAGCGGACGGCGCCCCGCAGUACCUGCUGCAGUGGGAAGGUUCUGCCCCUUAA